AUGUCUAAAGACUGGGAAAAUGAAUGGGAAAGUGACAUAGGCAGCAGACAAUCAAUGCAAAUCAACCCAUAUUACGAUGAUAAACACUUAAAACCGAGUCGAAAUGUAUCUGACUCGACAGAAAACGUAAACAAUAUGGCGCCAACAUAUGCAAAAGUAACUGCUGGUAACCUUACAAUCAAUACAGAUACAAACGGAACAAAAACAAAUGAUACAAACGGUGUCAAACCUAUAUUUAUCAAAGAAACAGACGUUUUUGGAGCCUCAAACCCACCCAAAGAACUUUGGCUCACCCACUUAGAAAUAUUCAGAGGAAUGUCAAUGUCAAUAAAAAGAGAACAUAUAAAAGGAAUUCAGAGAAUAGGAAGAAUGUGGAGGUUAUAUUUAGACGCAGAAGAAGACAGGCUUAAACUCCUAAGUGAAGGAGUAGUCCUCAGAGGAAAGACCAUCCCCCUCCUUCCACAUAACCCAAACAACCCCAACUAUAAAAGCAAUUUAAAAAAAGUUAGAGUAAAGAAUGUGCCAUUAUCUGCAGAUGAUGGACAGAUACAAAGAGAAUUAGAGAAGAGAAAUAUCAAAGUUAUAUCCAUAAACAGAGACAGAUUAAGAGUAGAUAAUCAAAUGACAGAUUGUGAAACAGGAGACAGAGUGGUUUUCUGUGAGAAAUUUGAGGAACAACUGCCAAAAACUAUGCAAUUUGGAAAAUAUCUUGCUAGAGUCUCACACUUUGGUCAAAUAGACAUAAACACUCAUUUCAUCUGCAGUAAAUGCCUCCAACAUGGCCACUUUACAAGUGACUGUCCCAAUGAAUGGAUGUGUAGAGGCUGCAACAAGUCAGGUCACAAAUUAAUAAACUGUCCAACAUUUUUUGAAAAUAUGAGACAAAAAGAAACAAAAGACCAACAAGAGAAGGACAAUCAAAUAACAGAACCUGACAACAUAAUGCAAGAAACAACACAAAAAGAACACAUAGAAGAUAUCACACAUCAACACAAUCAAGAAGUGGACAAAACAGAUGGAUUGUUGAAUAAACACAAAGUUAAACUACAAAAGAAUUACAAGAUGUUUGUCCAUGGUGUUGUCUCCAAAACAGACAUAGCUGACCACCUGUAUCAGUCUGAUGUUUUAAGUACUGAAGAAAAAGAGGAAAUUUGUAAUUCUUCUCUCACUCAACAGGAAAGUAAUAGACUUUUAUACAACAAAUUGAUUCGCAAAGGUGGAGAUGCAUACACACACCUUCUUGAAGCUGUACGACACGGAGAAUACCAGGAUGUUGCUUCAGAAAUGGAGAACACAGAAUUGUCAGAUCAAGAAAUACAAUUGUGUCAAAUAGGAAUGAAGAAACUUAAAGACAGACACGAGAAAAAAGAUAUUCUGAUGGAUCACGAUGAAGUUAUUCCUAAACAUAUACUUGAGCAGUUCGAAAAACGCUUGGAACAGUGGAUAAAGGAUGAUCAACAGUUUGUAAGCACUGAAGCAGAGAAACAUGUAAUGCAAAAAGUUUUGACACAAAGUUCUGUUACCCUGGUUGGAAAUUCUGGCACUGGAAAAAGUUUUCUUUCAAAACACAUUGCCCUCAUAAUGAAGACACAUGGCUAUACUGUAAUUCCAUGUAGUAAACCAACAGAUAUUGGAAAAUGGUUUAAACAUGGGAGGAAAACUUUGUUUGUAUUUGAUGACGUCUGUGGCCGAUAUACUCUUAAUCAACAAAUUUACAAUGACUGGAAACAAAGACUUGAUCACAUAAUAUCUCUUCUCGAAGACAAAUGUUGUAAAAUCAUCUCUACAUGUAGAUUAGAGGUUUACAAAGAUGAACUAUUUAGCAAUCUCUCUAUUUUCAAAAUGUGUAACAUGAAUUUAAGUGCAAUAGAAUUCAAACUUAGUGCUGCUGAAAAAUUUGCUUUAGCUGAAGUUUACUUGAAGAAAAAUACUGAUGAAGUAAAGGAAUUGUCAGACAAAUAUGACUUUUUCCCACUUUUAUGUAGCUUAUAUCAUAAACAGAACCUCCAGAAGAAUGUUAGCGUUAGCUUUUUUUUUAGCAAUCCUUUUGAAGUUUUCAAAGAUCAACUUGUACAAAUGUAUGGAGAAAGUGAUGCUGGUAAGAUGCAGUAUUGUAGCUUAGUCCUUUGUGUAAUGUUUAACAACACAUUAACAGAAGAAAAUUUGUCACCAAAAGAUAAGAUGAUAGGAGCAAUGAUAGAAGAUUUACUAGAAGAAUGUGAACUGAAUAAAGGAACAUCUAUCAAACGUUUAAGGAAAUCCUUGGAAACACUUGAAGGUACUUAUGUGGUCAAGGAGGGUACUACAUACAAAAUAAUCCAUGAUAAGUUGUUUGAUUUCCUUGCCAAAUACUUUGGGGAGAAGAUGUUACAGAUUUUCAUUGAUCAUGCUAAUACUGAUUUCAUUAAAGAGAGAUUUCUUUGGAAGAUAACAGAUAACAUGGGCACAGAAAUAGAGUUUGUAAUAGGAAUACCUGAUAAAUAUAUAGAUAGAUAUAUAGAAAGGUUACUCAAAGACUGGGAGAACGGUUAUGUAAACAGUGUAUGUGUCAACAGAAACAUGAAUUCUACAACAUUUACUGAACACUUGGUAACUCAUUUAAACCAACUUGAUAUAUCAAAACAGGAAGAACUUGUUUGUACUAAAGAUAUUCACAAUAAAGAUUAUGCACUUGCAGGAAGUUGUUAUAUGGGUACUAUUGACCUUGUCAAAUGGUUGAUCAGAAGGAAUAGUGACAUUAAUUAUUGUAGAGAGGAUGGUUGGUUUCCUUUAUUAUGGGCAAGUCAGGAAGGACAUGUUGAUGUUGUUAAAGAACUGUUACAACAUUCAGCUGAAAUCAAUAAAUGUGACAAUAAUGGUGCAUCACCUCUGUUUAUAGCAAGUCAGAAAGGACAUGUUGAUUGUGACAAGAAUGCUGUAUCACCUCUGAAUAUAGCAAGUCAUAAUGGACAUGUUGAUGGUGUUAAAGAACUGUUACAACAUUCAGCUGAUGUCAAUAAAUGUGACAAUGAUGAUUCAUCACCUCUGUAUAUAGCAACAAGUCAGAAUGGACAUGUUAAUGUUGUUAUAGAACUGUUACAACAUUCAGCUGAUGUCAAUAAGUGUGACAAAAAUGAUGCAUCACCUCUGUAUAUAGCAAGUGAGAAUGAACAUGUUGAUGUUAUUAAAGAACUGUUACAACAUUCAGCUGAUGUUAAUAAAUGUAAGAAUGAUGGCACCCCACCAUUACAGAUUGCUUGUUAUAACAACAUGAUAGAGGUUGUACAUGAACUUCUUCAGUGUGAUGAUGUUGAUACUAAUCUCUGUGAUGAUGAUGGAUGUUCCUCACUUUAUAUAGCAAGUCAGGAAGGACAUGUUGAUGUUGUUAAAGAUCUGUUACAGCAUUCAGCUGAUGUCAAUAAAUGCGACUUUAAAGGUAAAAAUCCUCUUAAAGUAGCACAGGAGCAAGGACAUACAGAAAUAGAAUCAUUGUUAAAAGGAAAAGGAAUAAAUGAACAUUGA